AUGACUUUGAAGCCUUACUUGCAAUUGCGAGAUAGAAUUUCGCAGGUUUGGAUUAAUCAGUAUACCAUACUACUGCUGCUCACCAUGGUGAAAAUCGUUCUAUUUUCGGUGUCCUUGAAGAAUGCAAUAGCGGCAUCCAAGAACUACCUUUUGAGCAAUUGUGAUACAUUGGAGCUCUACUAUUCCAAAAUUGUUAAUUCAGGGCCUACUUACAUGUGUCAGUUUGGUAAUUACCUGGUAACAAAGUCCGUUGAGGAAUCCGUCAAAGCAAGCUUGAAAUCACUGUCAUUAUUAGUCGGCGCUGGUGAACAGACCGCAAUCUUCAUGUUUGAUUUCUAUUUCGGAACUUACAUUUGUCUGGCAUCAAGUGCCGUUGAUGGGGCGGUUGAUGUCGCUACAAACACUACAGAAAAGUUGCUGGAUUUUGUCAACGAGACUGUUAUUGCAGCGGGAGACGACAUCGAUUCUGGGCUAAAUGAUCUGUCCCAAGUCAUCAAUAAAGUCUUGAAAGCAGUGAAAAGUGUGGAGGAUUUCUUCAAGGACGGUGAGGACUCCUCUGACAUUGACUCGACAGUUAAGUCCGUGAAUUUGAGCAUCGCGAAAUUGAGAGACCUGCACAUCCCCCAUACAAUCGACAGCAGGCUUUUGGAGCUCUCAAAAAAGACCCCGGAUUUCGAGAAAAUUAUGAAUAGGACGCAUGCGGAGAUCUCGGACCCUUUCCAGCUCGUCCGCUCCAAAAUUUCAGCGUUCAACGUUUCUCGUUUGGUUGCCGACAAUGAGCUCAUGUACCUACCUCCUCCGAUCAACGCCAGCAACACAACAGCGGCCGGUAUCUGUACGGCGAACAAGCCAGAUAUACUUGAGUUCUACUCUGGGGUACUCAAAACGAUCAAUGUCCUGCUCAUCAUUUUAGUGACGCUGCUCGUCAUUGGAGCUCUUCUAGCCACGAUCCCAUCCAUUUGGUCUGAAUACCGGCAAUGGGCCCGACUGCAGGCACUGCAAUCCUUGGUAGACGAAAAACCACUGUUCGACCACAGUAUGUGGCGGCAACAGGGCUUCAUUGAGAACUACCAGCGCGUUUACGCUCGAUGGCAGACAGCUUUCGGAGACUGGGUCUCGCAACGUUUGACCUCCAGUAUACGAACUCGACGCAAAAUACAAUGGAGUAUCGCGUAUGCAUUCUCACCCAGAGCGCUCACACUCCUCGCUGUCGCUAUUGCCGGGAUUCUCAUGUGUGUGUGCCAAUUUUUGCUUCUUGCCGCUGCCAAACGAGCUGUGACAAGCCACAACGCCAGUCAGCUAGCCUCGGCCGCAGACGCUACACUACACGACGACUUGGCUCGCUGGACCGACGCUACCAACAACUACAUCAAUGCCUCGAGGGAUCAUCUUAACCAGGAGGUAUUCGGCUGGACCCAAGGGGCCACUUCCUCUUUGAACAAUACUGUGAAUGCGGCUAUCGAUGACAUCGACAAAGUCCUUGCGGACUUUUUCAACGGUACGCUGCUCUACAAGCCGAUGGCUGCCGUUGUGCGCUGCACCAUAGAGAACAAACUCUACAAGAUCCAAAAGGCACUUACUUGGAUACACAAUAAUCUGCAGUUCCCACUUCCUCUAAUAGACUCCGAUGCUCUGCAGAAAUGGAUUCAAGACCUGCAGACCAGCGCCAAUGCCACGACUCAAGGCAGUGACAGUCCAACGUCGUCGUUCACCACCAAUGCUUCUCGAAAACUGGUGACUUCAGCGCGAGAGGUACUUGAUAACCUCCUACGUCAAUUCUACUCCGCCACUAUCAUCGAGCUCACCAUUUCCCUUACAUUACUCGGCUUAUGGAUUUUACAGUGGCUCAUCGCGGUGUGUUUGACAAUCACUACGUAUCAUCAAGUCUAA